AUGAUUGUUCAUUUGUCAGGCAUGGAGACUGAAGGAGUAUACAGACUGAGUGGGCAGAACUCCAAAGUCUCAAAACUGCUGGAAAUCUUAUCGGAAGAUGUGCGUUCUGUGACCAUCAACCAGUCCGACUUUCAAGUUCACGAGGUCACAAACUGUCUGAAGAGGUACUUGAGGCAGCUGGAUGAACCACUGUUCACGAGUGGAUUCCAUCCUGCCUGGAUUGAAGCUCAAACCAUAAAGGAUAAGAAUCAGCGCUUGAUACUGUUCAAAGAAAUAUUGAACUCACUGCCCCUCAUCAACUAUGCAACCAUCAAGUUUAUUAUCAACCAUCUCACUGAGUUAGUACAUUUAUUGGUUACACGCUUCAUCUAUAACCGUCAAAUAUUAUUUGCUAUGAUAAAAUUGUGUUUUUCUUGA